AAGAAGCUCGAUCCCGUUAAAGUCAGUGGUGUGAAGAUCUCUCCUGAUCCUGUUGUGAGUGGCGAAGCCGCAACAUUUAAGAUCUCUGGUUCUACUGAUAAAGACAUCUCUGGAGGAGAAGUAGUGAUCAGUGUUUCAUACUUUGGGAUUCAUGGCACGUACACGCUUAAGAUGACGAUAAAGGACAAUAAUGGUGGGCGACUAACUUGCAUCAGCUUCAAAUUCAAGAUCACAUUAGAUUCCACGGUUUCUGUUAGU